AUGGCUUAUCAGCAAUAUCUGGGGAAGUUCCAAGGGUACUCACUUCUACAUCAUAUGUGCAGCCCUUACUGCUGCUCCCCACGUUUCAUCACUAAAAGCAUGGCCACUAAUCGCUCGAGGCUCCACCUCUAUUCCCUCCCAAAUGAGGUGCUCGUUCAGAUCCUAUCUCCAUUGCCAGCCCAUUUUCUCCUCCCCUUAACGACGGUGUCCCACCGGUUUUAUGCUUUAAUAUUACGGAUUUUGCACUAUCGAAUUCUUGUCUCUGUAACACUGAGCGAAUAUAACCUUAUGCUCGACUGCUUAAAUCCGAGCUCAUAUUCUACCGAACCCCACGUCUUUUGCAAAUACCUCGGUACGGAUGGUUUGAGUAACCAGUACGAAGGGAAGGGCUCAUUUGUGCCAAUGCUGAUUGUGUCGAAAGUCAACCAGGAGCAAGCGGACAACUCAAUCGUGACACUUCCUAUGCACCUAGAGGCAUUCGAAAAUUUCAUCCAAUUAUGUAUAGCUGUGAAUGUAGUAGAAGUGAUGUGGGGGAGUAAUUUCCCUCUGGGAGCAGUGACAGUUGAAAAUGGUGUUAUUAGGUUAUUUAGAGACUGGCUAAGGAACCAUGCGAAGCAUUCUGGUCAGUCUUUUGAGUCCUCACCAGAGUCGGAAGAAUCCGAUAAUACCGCUUGUUCGUCGACCAGCGAGGCCCCCUAUGAGAUGGUUUGGGUGGGUCAAAACAAGAACAUCGGACUUAAGGUGCGGGUCAAGGAGAAGGAUAUUAUGGACGAAUAUGCGAACAGGGCUUGGGGUGGACCAAAGAAUUACAUGUUCGGACUACACGUCUCUUUAUGGCACUGGAAAGGUCGUUAG